AUGGACGCAAUAUCUGAUAACGCCUUCACUGAAAUAGGUACUGCAGAAGUCCCCGUAGACGAUCCAUCGCUCUUGACAGUGAUUUUAGACUUGACACCGCAAAGUUGGUACAGUGUGAAAGAUCAGAUUACUUUACAGGAGGUAGCUAAAUCACUAUUGGUGUUUCUUAACGCCCACUUGUCUCUUAAUAAUUCGAAUCAGGUAGCUUUUGUCGUUAGUACGGCAAAUGGAUCGAAAUUCUUAUACCCAAACCCAACGAAAGAAGCCGAAAAGGAGAAAUCCACAUCGCCAGUGGAUGGGAAGGAUCAGAAAGCGCAGAAGGAACCUUCGCCAAGCUUGAUUAAUAAGAACAUGUACAGACAAUUUAGAUUGGUGGAUGAGGCGGUUUUGGAGGAACUUAAUGAGUUCAUAGAUGAAGAGUUGGAACAAUCUGAGACCGGGACUACGUCUACUCUAUCUGGUGCCUUGAGUAUGGUCCUUACCUACACCAAUAGGAUUCUAAACUUGGACCAAUCCAUUUCUACAACUACUGCUUCUGCUAUCAGUACCACUACUAAUUCAGCUGCCUUAGGAAGAAAUGGCGGUGGUGGAGGUGGUAGUUCGGGGGGUGGAAGCGGCUCAGGCAGUGGUGGUGGAGCCGGUGGUGCUAAUGGCGGAACUGGGUCUAAUGGUACACAUUCUACAAACCUUACAUCAAUGAAAUCGAGAGUCCUUAUCAUCACUGCAAAUAAUGAAUCUGAUGUUAACUAUAUACCUAUUAUGAAUGCCAUCUUUGCUGCUCAAAAGAUGAGAUUGCCCAUCGACGUGGCCAAGCUUGGUUCCCACAAUUCUGCGUACCUACAGCAGGCGUGUGACACUACUAAUGGGAUCUAUUUGCAUAUAGAGAACCCCCAAGGUUUGAUUCAAGUGUUGUGUACAGCAUACUUCGUUGAGCCUUCGAUUAGACCGCUACUUAUAUUGCCCACUAAUGCAAACACCAAUUACAGAGCAAGUUGCUUUAUCACUGGAAAAUCCGUCGACAUGGGGUACGUCUGUAGUGUCUGCUUGUGUAUUAUGAGCUUCAUACCCUCACUGGAAAAGUGCCCGACGUGCGGGUCAGGGUUCGAUAAGAAAAUCUUAGCACAGUUGACCAAGGGACCAGUAGUCGCACCAAGAAAGAAAAGAAAAUUACCAGUCAAUGGUAACGGCAAUGGGAAGACUUCUUCUCCAGCAGUUGGAACUCCGGAACCAUAG